AGAGGGUCGGGGAGAGACGUCGUCGUGGCACUCGUCUGUUAACCCUUGUAGGUGAACUAUUCUUUCCAUCGGACGCUCAGAGAACAAAGUUACAAAGCAGGCAGCCGGACAGUGUAGUUACACCCUGAGUACUGCCUGCGGUUUCCAUGUUCAUGAGCAAAUCACAAACCUUCGCACUUGCAGAAAACACCUGUUGCGUCGAUCGCCAGUGCGGGUACUGUGACACCUCAAGUAAUGAUUGUCCCGCGGGUACUGUCCCGUGACAGUUGUCUGCGCGUAGAGACAAGUGCUGACCGUUGUAAAAUGUGACAUUUGGGCAAACGGUUGACACGUAGUCAUGAUGGGCUCGAGCACCUUACCUGCCACCAGCUUGAGCCCGACACUACGGCUGGCCACCAUGAACGGCUCAGUGGAUCUAGAAGCUGAGGAACUCAACAGCACGUGGCGCCCAGAGACAGGCCUCGCCUCAUUCAAUACCAUUCUGGACGCAAACGGCUCUUUGUCGUGGACCAACUCAAGCCCAAGAGACAGCGAUAUCCUUUCCUACCCGACAACUCAAGCUAUUUUUUAUAUUGAAUAUUUAACCAUCUUCAUGCUGGGUGUGUUUGGAAACUGCCUUGUGUGUUACGUGGUGUUCCGGAACAAGCACAUGCAGAACGUCACAAAUUAUUUCAUUACCAACCUGGCUCUGGCUGAUAUCCUGUUGUGUGUGCUGGCCGUGCCCUUCACGCCCUUCUAUACCUUCAUGGGCGAGUGGAUGUUCGGGCGGCUGCUGUGCCACCUGGUCACCAUGGCUCAGGGCACCAGUGUCUACGUGUCCACCCUCACACUCAUGUCUAUCGCCAUCGAUCGCUUCUUCGUUAUAAUUUAUCCAUUCCGGCCUCGCCUCAGCCUUCCUGUCUGCUACAUGAUUAUCAUCAGUAUCUGGCUUUUCUCCAUCUCGGCCACGCUUCCCUAUGCCUUUUACAUGGGCAUGGUAGAGUACCAGGACCGCUCAUACUGUGAGGAACUCUGGCCGUCCGAGUUCAUUAGGCAGGUGUUCAGCGGCUUCACGGCUAUCAUGCAGUUUGUUGUUCCUUUCAUCAUUAUUCUCAUCUGUUACGGCAAGAUCUCUAAUCGCAUGAACGAGCGCGUGCGAGCAAAGCCAGGCAGCAAGAGCUCUAAGCAGGAGGAAGCGGAUCGAGAGAGGAAGCGACGCACCAACAGGAUGCUCAUUGCAAUGGUGACGAUUUUUGGCGUGUCGUGGCUGCCCAUGAAUGUGGUGCACCUGGUGGGCGACUACUACGCCCCAGCAAGCACUUGGAGCUACUACAACCUGUGCUUCUUUAUAACCCACGUGGUGGCGAUGUCCUCCACCUGCUACAACCCUUUCCUUUACGCUUGGCUCAACGAAAACUUCCGCAAAGAAUUCCAACUCGUAUUGCCAUGCUUCCAGCAGCCCCCUUCCACGGACCGCGUUGGCCAGUGGCGAUCGGAGAGGACCUGCAACGGCAAUGACACACAGGAGACGCUUCUACAGGCUGGCGCCGGCGAAGCCUCCGUUAGAUCAGUCAACAGGCAGAUGUCAGCUAACAAAGAAGUACCAAACAGGACUGUGAUCCCAGCCACUGUGGAGACACACCCGAUGACCACCUUCGUGUCCCACACUAACGGCGACACCCCUGAUCAAGCCGCACAGCCCCUUGUCAACGGCGAGGCGUCCGAGUAUGUGUGAAUGCAGAUAAAUCGUAACGAGGUAAUGCUGCCCGAGGAGCUUGUGCCACACCUGCUAUUGCCCACGCCAUACCUGCCACGUCUUUGGUACCACUGCAACCGCCGUCUGCUCUCCAACCCAUCGUCCAUCCCGCCAUCGAUACACCCGUGGAAGUCAACCACUCUCCAAGCAUGUACAGCGGCCAAUAUGCAUAGUAAAAAUAAGCACUUUACCUUUAUGACAUCACAUGCUAGGUCGCUGCUCGUUCCUAUUCUGCUCUGUGAUCCACUGUGAACGCACUCCAUCUCUUACGUUCCUAAAGAAAUAUAGACAAUGAACGAGCAACUAACUAUAAAGUACGACGCCAACUUGCAAUCUACAUUAGGUUCAUGUUGCUGAACAUCACGUCAACAAUUACCGUUGUGCCACACCUUUCCAUAAACGAACGGACAUGGUGGGUAUUUUUCAUUACGUCAUCAUACCAUAAAGCCGCUGUCCUCUAAUGUUCUUUUCUGCCACACCAACAGAAUUAAUCAGUGUCAGUAUUGGGGAUGAAACAAAAUUACUACUUCAUUUAUUAUCAGAAUAGUGUGCGACCAAAAUCCAUUCCAGUACGAAGUUGACUCGGUGGACAGUCACCAAACAGUAUAAUUGAUAAUGUUCUCUACGGUGAGUGGGUGUGUCCGACUCCUUGACAGAAGAUAAUGAUGAGAGAAGAGUAUCAUCGCACCACUGCUCCUUGAGGCUCUGUAGUCAGCCGGCAGGAGGCAGGUGGUCAUCAGUAACACAUGAGGCGGCGACAAAUUUUCCCCAUCCAGAAUUCAGCCUCAGCCUGUGCGAGGGACGCCAUCCAUUAGUACACUGCUUCUAUUCCUCCCCACCUACGCCCUGUAAAACAAGGAUAGUUGCCUUUUUUGGCAGUAUUACGGUGCUACAAUCGUGCACGUCAUAUGACUUUAAGUCCCACCUAAGAUGUACCAAAUUCUUACCAUGUAUAUAUUGUAAAAUCAAUAUCUAUAUCCUAUAUAGUUUAUGUUACAUUUAGACCUUGAAUAUUUGAGGGAUAGAGAUAUGAAUGUUAUCAGGACCAGAUUCUGGCAGUGUUGGUAAGAUCCGACCACCACACACAACUACCCCGUGGCGGUGAAACACUGGGAAAACGAUUGAUGUUGUGGUUUGCUCAGAUGUUCUUUGUGUAUCACUUAGCUGUUAAAACACUAUUUAUUUCUAUAUGCCGAUUAGUCCUGAUGCCGCAAUGUUGUCAAGGAGCGAGGCUUUCGACAUUUGCUUUUACGGACUACAGAAGUAACCGUCUCCCUAACAAACACCAGCAGGGCAGCAUACAGCCGAGGCUCCUCCAACCUAGGCAAGGUUCAACUGUGGCACAGGACGAGGUGUUGCCUUCUGCUGAAGGUUCAGUUUGAGCACGUGAGUGAACGGAGUGUGCUUCUCUACGUUUGUUGUAAUGUUUUCAUGUACCGUAUAUAAACGACCGCCGGAUACGUUGGAAAGCAUCCCGAACCACACGAAGGUUACACGCUUCUAUAUGUGCGCCUAUAUACAUAUAUAUAUAUAUACAUAUAAUUAUAUGCUUAGUUUAAGCAAAUGUAAUUAACCAAACCCAGGUAGUAAGUUAUGAUUGCCAGGCAAUGAAACGGCUGUCAAGAGCACCAAGGUGUGGCGGUCCUCAGGUCUACCUUAACCGACUCGCCUUGGUUACUGAAAUGUUCACGACUUCCUAAGAAGCGUGUUCAGUCACUGCUCAUGAUGUGAGGACUCGUUUGGAAGAGUGUUGCUCAGGCUUGACAGACCUCCUGGUAGAAAUAAUUUAGGCAUAACACUGGUUCUAGUAUGUUACAAGUUAUAAUGUUCUGACAAACCUAGGAUUAUAUUAUAUGUAAAAUAUUAUUAUGUCAAAGCCGAUGUAGGUGUAGCAGUCAUCUCUUCGAAUUUGUCUUAGAUAAUAUUAGAAUAAUUUACUACCAAUGCGUUUGUUUGCGUGAAAUCACCAGAGGGGGCGGGUAGCGUGUUCCUCCACCUGCUCUCUACCUGCCCUCGCCACGCCCGCUCAGGCUCGUCACUCUCCCUGCAGACCAUGUGUUCCCCUCCCACCCCAGCUCUUGUCCCUUUCAUUAUCCGCGUCUCUUCUGCAUUUUUAUUUUCCAUGAGUCUGCCCACUCACAUCUUCAUCACAGAUGCAUCCUAACAUCCACAUGCUCUCCUCCAAGCCUCACGUCUUCCCGCUCCCUAGCCUAAUUCCGAGACAGCGUUGCAAGGAACCACAUCGUCCCCUGAGCCCCAGCUACGUAGCAGCUGCCCCGCACGUGUGGUUUCUUGGCGCCGCAUAAAAAUAAACGUGUAUGUAGUUGUAACACGUCCUAGCAGCCGUAUCCUAUAGCUCUUCGUAGCUGCAUCUGUUCCAUGUUCAGUAUCCUGUUACCUGCACGCUAUAUGUCUACGCCCCGACACGAAGCUGUAUGUAGAUGACUUGUAAGCAGCUCAUUGUUCUCCGUCAGCCCAGAGUCCCAGACGUGGUGUGUUGCUAUCCUCGCUUCACACUCGUAUAGCAGCCAUGAACCGUGACCAGGACGCCGCUGCCUUCGUUGCCGCUUGUUACUCUGUUUUCUUGUAAGUUAGUCAGUCUUCCUUGCCGCUAAAACUCAAAAAGUACCUUUAGUACUUUUCCUCAGUUACACUUUUCUACACCUUCUCCUCAUUCACUUUUCUCCAUUCUCUCCAUUAUCUUCACGCCCAAAACAUUUACCCAUUCUCCCUCCUACUCGUUCCUCCCACUCUCACCUUUGCAUUCUUCCUCCGGACUCACGCACUUGCUCCCCUCAUGAUGAAACUUCGCAUUCCACGUGAAAGCUUUCCCCGCGAUUCACCUCCCAUCAUUCGGAAAAAUCAAUAUACCAGAUAACAGUCAAAGAGGAAUGCGCAUUUUUUCUUCACAGCGACAAACCGCCUUCAAAGUAAAGCAAGGAUGUGCAUUAGUUUUUAUGUCCUUACAAGGCUCCAGGAUGACAAGCUCGAUCACACACACAAACACACACACACACACACACACACACACACAAAGAAAUUCUCGUGUCAGUUAGUUAUACCAUCAAGAGUAUCUGGUAUUAUAUUAUUAAUGAAGUAACAUAUUUCAGCAAUUUUUUGACAGCAGACGAGCCGCCGCCUUCAUUUGAAUAUACCAACACUGGAUCAUCUACCAUGACGCCGCUUUCCUCCUUUUAUUUCCCCCUCUUUUUCUCCUUCUCCUCCACUUUCGUCAUUGUAAUGUUUAUUGUCUGUAUCCCUACAAUAUUAUCACUGUUUAAUAAAGUACAUAAGAGAUAA